GUGAGAAUUGUUUCUACCAUUGUACUACUACUACUACCACCACUACUACUACUACUACUACUGUGAAGAGCGAUUGCACUCAAUAUUCCUAGCUUUCAUGAGUUAUUCGGCCAAAAACGACGAAGAAAUCCUCUCCUCCGGGCCUCGGACACCUGUUCUGGGUGCAUGCCCUCCUGUCCAUGAUAUCUCGCCAUCUUCAAGCUCUCCUAAUGUAGAUAUCCCUCCUCAAGGUUUACGGCCGCGAAGGUAUGCUUCCGCCCAAUCAUUCUGCUUUCCGGUAUCAACGGAACACAGCGUUCCGGGGUUAACCUUCCACUGCUUUUCCUUUCCCCGCCAUUGGGAUCUAAGCUCACUGCAAACAUCUGGAAACCAGGUCCUCCCUUUCACUGGGUUUGGAUGUGAUUCGCUACGCAGGAGGCGUGAAUUCCCUGGACAACUUUGCUCGCUCUUGGACUAGAGCUGCUGGCUACUUUGAGAUCACGCCGUCCCGGCAAUCCUUCGUUUCCGUCGAUCCCUCCAGGGACGAGGAAGAGCCUGCCUCAUCCUCAGCAAUAGAUGACGAGAGCUAUUACGACGACGUCGAGGUCACCCGACACCUCGCCGCGAGGGCUUCCCCGCCCGCAGCUGGCUUUGGAUCUUAUGGCUCGAUCUCCAGGUAUGGGGGUAUUGGCACGGGUUUUCCCGGAGCGAGAUUGGAUGAUACGGCCACCAGACGCGCCGCAGAUUUGUUCAUCCAGAAGCAAACUGCCGGUGAGGUAGUCGUUGUGGAUGAGACUCUGGAUAAAGAGAGGGAGCCGCUCCUUGUAAGGGCCGUUACAACGGAAAGUGGAAGGGUCGAGCAGACCGUUGUUGGGCAGAGCACACUACCCCAAACUGUCUUCAAUAGCGUUAACGUCCUUAUCGGGAUCGGUCUUUUGAGCCUACCUCUUGGUUUGCGUUACAGUGGGUGGUAGGUUGACUCGUUAACUUGCCUAUCUUGCAUCGGAAUGAGCUGACAGGGGUUUGGGUGAUAUAGGCUGAUAGGGUUAAUAUUCUUGGUCUUUUCCGCCCUGAUAACGAAUUACACCGGAAAGCUUCUCUCCCGCUGCCUUGACAAGUCCCCUAAUCAGUCGUUGGUAACUUAUUCCGAUAUUGCCUACAUUGCUUAUGGACACAAAUCACGGGUAUGCGUUUCGAUCCUCUUCUCGAUGGAGUUGAUGGCGGCGUGCGUUGCGCUGGUUGUCCUGUUCUCGGAUAGUUUGAAUGCACUAUUCCCUCAGAUCGAUAAGCUGCAGUGGAAGAUUAUUGCGGGCUUUGUGUUGACUCCGUUGAGCUUCCUGCCCUUGAAGGUGUUGAGUUUCAGCAGUAUCCUGGGGAUUCUCUCUACUUUCAGCAGUGAGUUGCUCCCUGCGUAGAUGCGAGGGGUUUGUGAAGCACUCUAACGGCCGCAAAACCAGUUGUUACGAUUAUCUUUGUUGAUGGCUGGUUGAAACCUAAUGCCCCUGGGAGCUUGAGGGAGCCGAUGCCUACCUAUCUAUUCCCCCCAAGCUGGUCGACGAUACCGUUGAGCUUUGGCUUGCUCAUGUGUAAGUUGCCCGAAUCGCUUCGGCCUUGAGCCCAAAAAUGCUGAUAUUUGUCGGGCAACUAGCCCCUUGGGGAGGCCACAGCGUGUUCCCGAACAUCUAUAAAGAUAUGCGCCACCCGAAGAAGUACAACAAGGCUGUUGACAUCACCUACUCCUUUACGGUAUGCGUUCCCCGGGAUAAAGCAGUGUGUGUUCAUUCUGAUUUAGUCUUAGUUCAUCCUUGAUAUGACCCUCGCUAUCACCGGCAUAUUGAUGUUUGGAGACGGAGUGAUGGACGAAAUUACCUCAAAUAUUUUGGAGCUUCCCGGGUACCCUUCCGCCCUCAGCAUGGCCAUGGUGGGGUUCGUUGCGAUUAUUCCGUUGACCAAGACUCCUUUGAAGUAUGUCCCAGUCGCCCCGUAUCGCUCUACCCACAAUACUAACCAGAUUUCAGUGCACGUCCAAUCGUUACCACUCUUGAGAUCUUCGCUGGUGUUGAUCCUCGAGCUAUGACUUUGCAAGGGGAAUUUGUUGGAAUGUCUGGAUUAGCCUGUGGUUUGUUGAAGACCCUUAUCAGAAGUAGUCCCCCCGCGCCCUCUGAUUAUUAGCGAGCGACUGACUUUGCCUGCAGUCGGCGUAAACGCUUCCUUCGUUGUCAUUGCGAUCCUUGUCCCAUCCUUUGACCGAAUCAUGGCUUUCCUCGGAUCUGCACUCUGCUUCUCAAUUUGCGUCAUCCUCCCCAUGAUGUUCUACCUCAAAAUUUACGGAGAGGAAGUGCCAAAGAAGGAGCGUAGGGUGAACCAGAUCCUGAUUGUAGUUUGCACUAUAGUAGCAACUAUUGGCACGGUCGCGGCAUUCGUCCCUAAGGAGAGCUUGGGAGCAUAGAGAGCUAUUGGGUCUCUUUUUUAUAUUUUCCGCUGUUCGUGUUCUCUUCCCUAUUAUACAACGACCUAGUAAUUCUCCUUUCCUGGUUUCAAGACAAAAGUCAUUUUUUCGGGGCGCAUUAUGUUUUUCACUUCCUCUUGUUUCUUUUUGGUUCUCGGUCUUGUUUCGGGGCAGGUAAAACGGAGCGUACGGCUGUUACAUUAGGGGCUGCCAUGUUUUCCUUCUGAAUGCAUAUUUGUGCCACAUAUGGUACUGUUUUCGGGACUUUUGUAGAGGCUAUUAGUGGACUGCCCCUAGUUUAUCCGAA